AUGUCAAGCGAUCUGUUCGAGGCGUUUGGAGAAUCGCCUGCAGCAAAUCAUCAGCAUGUUGAGUCACAAGAGAAAGGCAGCAGCAAUGCUUGGCAGGUAGUGGAAGAGGACGAGGAUGACGACUUUGGAGAUUUCGAAGAUGCAUCUGCCACGCGACCGCCUGAACAGAAUAUCCCAAUUGAUCAGAGUCCUAAACCACCGGCAGAUUUCCCUCCAAAGGCUCCAAAGGGAGCGGGACCGUCAGCGCCGUCGAAAGAAUCCAAGAUUGGAAAACAUCCAUUCGCCGAGCACAUGGACUUUUUGUUUUCAGGGGGAGAUGAUGAGUAUGAUGCCGGAGCGGACGAGCUGAAUGAUUUGGCGACCAACCCCGAAGCCGCCAUGGCUUACUCCAAACGCAUCAUAGCAGAGCAAACGGCGCGAGAAUCGGGCGGGUCUGCUUCGACAACGAAACUACCCUUUGCUCCCAAACCGAAGGUGCAAGCAGCUGCAAAAGCUGUACCUCCAGCUCGAAAGCCGAACAAGCUGCGGAAGAAAUCUGGAUAUGCACCUGCCAGAGAUUCUUCCAUUCUCUUUGACGUUGAGAAUGUUUCAGAGGAGGAGAAAGAUGACGAUGAUGAUGAGUUUGGAGACUUUACAGAAGCUACCUUCUUGGCCUCAACGAUCCUUUCAGCAGCGAUGCCGGUCUUGACGGUCUGA